UGUGCGGAGUGAGCAUAGACCAUGGGCUCCUAGUGAUAGCGCUGUACAGAAACCAAGAGGGAGGGAGAGGAUAGGUUGUUCAACUGACUUGACUGUACAUUUACAGUGCUUAGGCACAAGCAAGGCACAUGUGAUCCUGUGGAGCGGUUUCCCUAUGAAAUGUAAAAAUGUACUUAUUGACUGAAGUACAUGGGACUUUGGUGUUUGUUUAGACACAUUUAGACUUGGAUAUCUAUGUAUUGAUGAGGAACGGCUGAGAGACAUCAGUGAAGAUUUGCAAGGUGUCCGCCCGGAAGGCGCGUCUCAAGGAGCAGAAACCAAGACGGCUCCUAGAUGAUUGGAUGCGUUUCUCUUGAACCCAGUAUAAACAGUUUAUACUUUAUUUUAGGUUGUCAUUUCAUAUUGUAUGGUUUCGUACUUAUUGGAAAAAUAGACAUGGCCAUUGCAAGUUAACUUGUGGGAAAAGCAGCUGGAAUUUCAGAUGAUCGCGAGUGAAUAAUUUGUUUUUACGGCUGUGGAUGUGAAUCUAUCCCGGGCUCGAACGUGCGGGCUACAAUGAAUCCUCUAAAUUAUUGGACAUCUCAACUGGCUUUAGUCAGUAACUAGGACCUAUAUAAAUCUCAAACUAUUGAAAUAAAACUAUUUGCUGCUGUUUGGACAUAUUUUCCCGGCUAUAUCCAAGGAUUUGCGCGUAAACCGUGGAUGUUUAAUAUGCUAGUAUGGGUCCGCUAGCGUCCAUCCUUGUUGCUGGAUUAUUGUACUUUCAAGUUGAUGGAUCCCGUCUGCGUCAGGAGGACUCCCAACCCCGGAUCGCGGAGCACCCCUCUGACUUGAUCGUGUCCAAAGGGGAGCCGGCCACCCUCAACUGCAAGGCAGAGGGGCGGCCCAGCCCCACGGUGGAGUGGUACAAGGACGGGGAGCGGGUGGAAACGGACAAAGACGACCCGCGGUCUCAUCGCAUGCUGCUGCCCAGCGGCUCCCUCUUCUUCCUACGUAUCGUCCACGGACGACGCUCCAAACCGGAUGAGGGCUCCUACGUCUGCGUCGCCCGCAACUACCUGGGAGAAGCCGUCAGUCGCAAUGCGUCCUUGGAAGUAGCAUUGCUGCGUGAUGACUUCCGACAGAACCCUACAGACGUGGUGGUGGCAGCCGGGGAGCCGGCCAUCCUGGAGUGUAUCCCGCCUAGAGGUCACCCUGAACCAACCAUCUACUGGAAGAAGGACAAAGUACGCAUCGAAGACAAGGAGGACAGGAUUACAAUCCGAGGAGGGAAGCUGAUGAUCUCCAACACCAGGAAGAGUGAUGCUGGCAUGUUCAUCUGUGUUGGCACAAACAUGGUGGGAGAGAGAGACAGUGAGACGGCCCAGCUGACUGUGUUUGAGCGUCCCACCUUCCUGCGUCGGCCCAUCAACCAAGUGGUCCUGGAGGAGGAGGGGGUAGAGUUCAGGUGCCAGGUGCAGGGAGACCCCCAGCCCAACGUACGCUGGAGGAAGAAUGAUGUUGAUGUGCCCCGUGGGAGGUACGAGAUCAAGUAUGACAAGGAGGACUACCUGCUGAGAGUGAAGAAGGCAUCGGCCAGUGACGAGGGCACCUUCACCUGCCUGGCAGAGAACCGCGUGGGCAAGGUGGAGGCCUCUGCCAGCCUCACCGUCAGAGCUCGCCCUGUCGCUGCACCCCAGUUUAUCAUCAGGCCGCGGGACCAGAUCGUGGCCCAGGGUCGCACCGCCACCUUCCCCUGUGAGACCAAGGGCAACCCCCAGCCUGCAGUCUUCUGGCAGAAGGAGGGUAGUCAGCUAAAGCCAUGGUUCUGCCAUACCAAGGCAAUGCUGACAGACAGGCCACCGCCCAUCAUCCGUCGGGGACCGUCCAAUCAGACACUGAGGGUGGACAGCGUGGCCCUUCUGAAGUGCCAGGCGUCAGGAGACCCCAUCCCCUCUAUCAGCUGGCUGAAGGACGGGGUCAGUCUGCUGGGGAAGGAUCCCCGCAUGUCCCUGCAGGACCUGGGCAGCCUCCAGAUGAGGAGCCUCAGGCUCUCUGACUCUGGGAUCUACACCUGUGUGGCUGCCAGCUCCAGUGGAGAGACAUCAUGGAGCGCCUUCCUGGAGGUCAAAGAUCAAGCUGGGGUGAUGGUCAUUAAGAACCGGGAUGACAAUGAGCUCCCUGGCCCUCCCUCCAAACCCCAGGUCACUGACGUCACCAAGAACAGCGUCUCAUUGUCUUGGCAACCUGGCCUGGCUGGGGCCACGCCCAUCUCCUCUUUUGUCAUCGAAGCCUUCAGCCAGUCGGUGAGCAACAGUUGGCAGACGGUUGCGGACCACGUGAAGACCACGCAGUACACGGUCAGAGGCCUGCGCCCCAACACCAUCUACCUGUUCAUGAUACGGGCGGUCAACACCCAGGGCCUCAGUGACCCCAGCCCCAUGUCAGAGCCCGUCAGGACACAAGACAUCAGUCCUCCAGCCCAGGGAGUGGACCACAGGCAUGUGCAGAAAGAGCUGGGGGAGGUCAUAGUUCGUCUGCACAACCCGGUCGUCCUGAGCCCCACCACCAUUCAGGUCACUUGGACGGUGGACCGUCAGUCUCAGUUCAUCCAGGGAUACAGAGUUCUGUACAGGCAGACAUCUGGCAUGUUUUCCCCAGGACCCUGGCAGACCCAGGAUGUGAAGGUCCCCUCUGAGCGCAGUGUGGUCCUCUCCAACCUCAAGAAAGGCAUUGUCUAUGAGAUCAAGGUCCGGCCCUACUUCAAUGAGUUCCAGGGCAUGGACAGUGAGUCCAGGUCGGCUCGCACCACAGAGGAAGCUCCCAGUGCCCCUCCGCUGCAGGUUACAGUCCUGACGGUGGGCAACCAGAACAGCACCUCCAUCAGCAUCUCCUGGGACCCCCCUCCUCCAGAACACCAGAACGGCAUCAUCCAGGAGUACAAGAUCUGGUGCCUAGGGAAUGAGACACGAUUCCACGUGAAUAAGACGGUGGAUGCAGCCAUCCGGUCGGUGGUUGUGGGGGGGCUUCAAGUGGGGGUGCUGUAUCGGGUGGAGGUGGCUGCCAGCACCAGUGCAGGGGUGGGGGUCAAGAGUGAACCUCAACCUAUUGUCAUUGGUAAGGACUUCCGUGACGUGAUCAUAAGUGGGAACAGGAACAACAGCAUCACGGAGCAGAUCACAGACGUGGUGAAGCAGCCAGCGUUCAUAGCGGGGAUCGGAGGGGCCUGCUGGGUUAUCCUCAUGGGCUUCAGUAUCUGGCUGUACUGGAGGAGGAAGAAGAGGAAGGGGCUCAGCAACUACGCAGUGACGUUCCAGCGUGUUGACGGGGGUCUGAUGAGCAAUGGAAGCCGACCAGGCCUGCUGAAUGCCAGUGACGCAGGCUACCCGUGGCUGGCUGACUCCUGGCCUGCAACCAGCCUGCCUGUCAAUAGUGGCUCCGGGGGACCCAACGACCUCAGUAACUUUGGCAGAGGAGACACCAGUAGUAAUGGGGAUAAGAGCGGCACCAUGCUGUCUGACGGAGCCAUCUAUAGCAGUAUAGACUUCACCACCAAGGCUAACUACAACAGCCCCAGCCAGGGCUCCCAGGGAGCCACCCCCUAUGCCACCACACAGAUCCUCCACUCCAGUAGCAUCCAUGAGCUGGCCGUGGACCUCCCCGAGGCCCAGUGGAAGGCCUCCAUCCAGGCCAAACAGGAGAUGGCCAACCUGGGGUACUCCCUGCCUGACAAGAACUCCUGCAACAACACACUCCUUUUCAUUCCUGACUACCGAUUGGCCGAGGGAUUGUCUAAUAGAAUGCCACACAACCAAUCACAAGAUUUCAGCACCACCAGCUCUCACAACAGCUCAGACCGAAGCGGCAGCCUAUCAGGUGGUAAGGGGGGUAAGAAGAAGAAGGCCAAGGUUGGCGCCAAACCCACCAAGACUAACGGCUCCAGCUGGGCCAACGUGGCCCUGCCCCCUCCCCCUCUACACCCUCUCCCUGGCACAGAGAUGGACCACUACCCCAACGAGCACUAUGAAGGAGUAGGGUAUGAGAGUGAUGGCUGGGGUCCUCCCAUGCCCGUGCAGACCUACCUCCACCAGGGAAUGGAGGAUGAGCUAGAGGAGGAGGAAGAGAGGGUCCCCACCCCACCCAUUCGUGGCGUGGCUUCGUCCCCAGCAGCAGUGUCCUUCGGCCAGCAGUCCACGGCCACCCUCACCCCCUCUCCCCGGGAGGAGCUGCAGCCCAUGCUCCAGGCCCACCUGGAUGAGAUCACCCGUGCCUACCAACUGGACAUGGCCAAACAGACAUGGCUCAUGCAGGGUGGCUCCCUCCCCCCUCUCCCUCCCCAGGCCCCCGCCCCUCCAGUGGGGUACGUGUCCAGCACCCUGGUGUCUGACCUGGAGACUGACAUCCCUGACGAGGAUGAGGAGGAUGAGGAAGAGGAGGAGGAUGAAGGCUAUGAGAUGUCCAGGCCUCUCUAUGGUAUUGAGCACACGCCAGGGUCCAGCAUGGACAACCUAGACAGCUCCGUAACAGGUAAAGGGCUGUCCCACCGGGCCCGGCCCAGCAGUCCCUUCUCUACAGAUGGCAGCACUGUGGGCACACAUAGCCUGGGCCACCAGAGGGCUGCCCGGCCCACCCGCAAGCCCCGGGGACAGGGCACAGCGCCCCACAGGAGAGACGCCAGUGCAGACGACCUACCUCCUCCCCCUGACCCCCCGCCCAUCCAGGGACCAGGGUAUAUCCAGGGGGCCCGUAGUGUAGGCGGAAUGGGCACCCCAGCCGAGAGGCAGGCAUCGUCCCUGGAGCGCCAGCCCAUGUGUGGCGCCAUGCCCCUGUCUGGGCUGGAGGAGAUGAAGAGCUGCAUGGACAGACAGAUACGCACCUCUCUGGAGCGGCACUGCCAGGCCCAGGACAGACUAGCAUCCAUGGACCGAGGAGACGACCCACGCAGGGGACACAUAACAGAAGCGGGGUGCCUGCCCCCCUACAGUAAACCCUCGUUCCCCUCCCCCGGGGGCCACAGCUCCUCUGGGACAGCCUCCUCCAAGGGCUCCACAGGGCCACGCAAGGGAGAGGGGCCUCGAGUGCCACACCAACGGGCUGCCACAGACCAUAGCGACUACCUGGGGACCAACGGACCUGGACAUUACGCGGGCGAGUUAUAGUGACCUGCCUGCAGUAGGAUCUGAACUGAACUGGAGAAAGCCUCGUCGUCCUCAUCAGAAUGAAGCCUCACCCGACUGGUGCAAUGAACUUUGUCUUUCUUUGUGUAUUAUCAGAGGAGAGGAGCAGGAAGAUGACGAUGAUGACCACCAUAACAGAACUGUAAAUGUGAUGUAUAAACACAGACAUACAUGCGGUACAUCCCACUAUGUUGUUGUCCUCAACUAAAUGAUUUCUCACCUCCCACCUUUAUUUUUUUUUUCAGUCAGACAAUAGCAACUAAACAAAACAGUUAAAACAUCUAUAUGAGAAAACUCAUUUUCAAAAUAACCUUACUUGGGGAAAAAAUGGAAUCUUGUUUCCUGUAAAUAGAUUAUUUACGUUGUUGUUGCAUUGCUAUGCAAGCCUACUUCAGUUUUAGUGUCCUCUUGGUUAUAUCUAGUCAUUUGUAUUAUAUUUGAAUUGAUAGGCUGUUGUGCCAUAAAAUAAUUGUUUUAUAAUCCAUCAUUUGUUAAUAGUUAUCAUUGAUUCAUUAUUAUAAUUAUUAUUAUUAAUUAUUGUUUUUUUGCACUGUGAUUUUUGGUGAUAAGCACAAAAGCAUAGCUCCUACUGACAGGAAGAAAAGGACCAACAUUUGAAGAGGAGUUUCUGUAGAGAAAUGAGAAAUUAUAUACUAAUGUACAGAGAGAUAUUAAAGAGUGAGGGGUUGCUUAUGGACAGCAACUAAAUGGAUGCCCAUUCCCAAGUUAGGACUAAUCAGAAAGAAGAUGGGGUUUGUUAGUGUCUUUGAGGUAGGGGACCAGAGAAGAGGCAGAGAGGGGGGAGGCUUGUUCAAUGUGUACAGAGGCUAUGAGCAAGAUGAUGACUUGUCUCUCCUCUAACUAUGAGUUGAUUAUUGGAUUAGCUUCGAUCCUACAUGAUCUGAUUCUAUUGUAAACUGUAUAGUCCUACAAAUGGGCUGAUAUAGACUUGUUAGAGCUGGCAGUUGUGAGGAUGUUCAAGCAUUGUCUUGUUUUCAGAACAUAACACAGCCACAAUGGACGUCUAGCUGGACCCUCAUCUUCAUUCCAGCGUUUGAACACAAUUUAUUUGAUUCUAUCUUCAUCUCAUCUUCUUUGAUUCUAUUUUCAUUGAAUUCUAGAGUUUUUGUUUUCAUCCGAAGAUCAUUUGUAUAAUCCGUUUGUAUAAUCUGAAGCCACAGCACUUAAAAUACACUAUGAAGAGCCUCAAAGCCAUGGUUCAGAAGGUCUAAUCUAUAAUCUAACACUGACAAAGGACUUCCUUUUGAUCAUCCCUUCCUUUUGAUAAACUCUGGAUUGGGUUGAACCCAGUUGUAGAAAUAACUAACAUUGAUACUAAAGGAUUUCUCUAUUGCCAGGAAAGAAGAUUUAGGAUAGGUCCUUUUUUUUGUCCAAAAGUCAAAAUUUUAUUUUGUCAUCCAUUUUAAAUUAUGUUUUCUUAAUUUAGAGCACUCAAUGUACUCCACAUCCAUGGCAUCCCAUGGAAAACAACACAGUGGCCUGUUUUGUAUCUGUUUCAGUCGGAGCACUGCAGUCCCUACCCUGAAGUAUGGUACUGUGUUCUGAUUAGCAUACAAUAGAGCACUAACUAGACUCCCUAUUGGGACUCAAAUUCCCAGAAUGCAUCAGAUAGUGGAGAGGAAGGCAGGUAGAGUACAGUCAGAAUGGAGAAGAGCCACCUGCAGUAGCAGAUCCCACUGCCUCUGUCUCUACUACAUUGACCACUACUUUCUAUCUGCCUAACAGUCACAACACGUGUUCCUUCUGCCGGCCACAUGGAUCUAUUCAGCCUCAGAUGUUCAAUUUGUAU